CGUUCAAAAGAAAAAAAGAGACAGAGAGACGACAAUGCGAACCACACCGCCAACACAGUAUUUCGGACAGCAGACUAUCCACAGCCACCUCCGUUGACGACCCCCAAGCCUCUCACGCUUUCUCCACUAACGUUUUCCCAACCUUCCCCGAUUUGAGAUGAAGAGAUUUUUGGUUGAUAGAGAAAGUAUUGAAAAUGUGAAUGUUGGGCAACCGGAGACCGAAUUAUAAUCACUACCUGAUAAUGUGAUUGAUGAGUUUAAUCCAAAUGAGAUUGUGCGUGAUCUAGGUCUUACGAAACAAAUUAAUGAGUAUGCUCUGGAUAUUCAAGACCAAGUGAGGAAAACAUAUAUAUUGAAGCGUCCAAUGCAACCAGAUUUUACAAGCUUUCCUCGUACUCCAUUUGGAAGUGCUAAAAGAGCAUUUAGUAAAUCAUGGUAUAAGAAUUAUGCAUGGUUAGAAUACAAUGAGAUUAAAGAUGUAGCUUAUUGUUUUUAUUGCUUUCUCUUUAAGAGACCAGGGAGGGCCGAGCACUUUGGUUUUGAAGUUUUCACUAAAAGUGGAUAUAAAUAUUGGAAGUACGCAUCUCAAGGCUUAAAAGAUCACGUUGGUAGUCAUAAUAAUUUGCACAACUCAUGUGUUAAGCACUACGAUGAUUAUAAUAAUCAAAGACAAAGUGUGGCUAGUAAGUUUGCUAGAGCAACCAAGGAGUCGGAAGAAUUAUAUAAGAUUCGUUUGACUUGUUCUGUAGAUUGUUCAAGAUAUCUAAUUGCACAAGGCAUGACUUUCAGUGGCUAUGAUGAAUUCUCUAUUUCUCUAAAUAAGGGAAAUUUUAGAGAGAUGGUAGAUUGGGUAAAAGCUAAGGAUGAACAAGUGAGCGAUACUUUUGAACGUGGUAGAAAAAAUUGCAUAAUGGUUUCCAGUGACAUUCAAAAGGAGCUUGCAAUGUGUUGUGCACAUGAAGUUACCAAUGUGAUUAUGGAAGAUCUUGGCAGUGAUGUUGAUGUUUGUUAACAACAAAGGGCAUAUUGUGGAACGAUUUAUUUAUCUACAUCAUAUCAAAGAUACUACAUCUGAGGCAUUAAAGGAUGCUCUUUAUGGUAUUCUUGAUAAAUAUACUAUAUCUAUUUCAAGGAUACGGAGGCAAGGAUAUGAUAGAGCUACAAAUAUGAGAGGUGAAUUUAAUGGUUUGCAAAGAAAGAUUCUAGAUGAAAACCCUUAUUCUUUCUAUGUCCAUUGAUAUGCUCACCAUUUGCAAUUGGUUGUUGUGUCUGUUGCUAGUAGUUUCUCAUCUAUUCAUGAUUUCUUUGAGUACAUAUCCUUGAUUGUGAACACAACGAGUGCGUCUUGUAAGAGGAGGAAUGCUUUAACGGAAGCAUAACACCAAGAUAUUUUAAAUCAACUUGAGAGGGGUGAGAUAUCUAGAGGAAGGUUAUUGCACCAAUCAUCUAGUCUCACUAGACCCGAGGAUACUAGACGGGGUUCACAUCAUACUACAUUAAUUCGUUUGGAUCAAAUAUGGUCAUAUGUGUUAAAGGUACUUAGUAUGAUUGAUGGAGAUGGAUGUGUAGCAUCUCAAGCAGCAGGUUUGAUAGAAAAAAUGGAGAGUUUUAAAUUUUCUUUUAUUUUGAAGUUAAUGUUAAAGUUGUUUGGUAUCACAAACGAGUUUUCAAAUGUAUUGCAAAGAAAUGAUCUUAAUAUUAUGAAUGCUAUGGAAUUAGUUGAUAUUGUCAAAGCUCGGUUGGCCACAAUGAGAGAUAGUGGUUAGGAUAAUUUAUUUGCCGAUGUACAUGAAUUUUAUGUUGCUAAAUGUAUUCCAAUGCCAAAUAUGGAUGAUGAGAUACCAGUUCAGGGUCGGUCAAGGGAAGAAGGAAGAACUCUCACUAAUCUUCAUUAUUACCGAGCAGAGAGUUUUUAUGUAGCUAUUGACAAAAUAUGUGUCGAGAUGGAUCAUCGCUUUAGUGAAGGAAGUAACAUUAUCCUUGAUUGCUUCUAAUGUCUUGACCCAAGAACUCUUUCUCCAAGUUUGAUGUUGAUAAGCUUGUCCGUCUUGUUGAUAUUUGUCAUGGAGACUCUUUUGAUGUUGACCGUGGAACAAUAAGGGAUCAACUUGAAACUUAUGUUCUUCAAGUGAAAAGAAAUGCUUCAUUUUUUACUUGUGAAGAUGUUCAAAGUUUGGCUAUGAAGAUGGUUCAAACUGAGAGACAUUUGGUAUUUCUAUUGGUUUACAAAUUUAUUGAGUUAGCUUUGAUAUUAUCAGUGUCGAAAGCAUCCGUUGAAAGAGCCUUUUCAGCAAUGAAGAUUAUCAAGUCUAAAUUGCGCAAUAAGAUCAACGAUGUGUGGUUCAAUGACUUGAUGGUAUGUCACACUGAGAGGGAGAUAUUCAAGUCACUUGAUGAUAUUGAUAUUAUUCGAACAUUCACCGUAAAAAAGUCUCGGAAAGGACAUUUGCCUCGUGUUUUUAUUUUACAUCCUAUUGUAAGGUUAUCUUUCAUUUUUUAUUCUGUUUAAUGACUAUUUAU